AUGUUUAGCUGGUCUAAAUGUGGAGGCAGCGUGCGUAAAAUCGCGCGUAACCUCCACAUGGAGACGCGCAGUGAAACAACAUCUACAAGCGGCGGACAUCAUCAGGCAGCAGAGUUCAAGGCGCAGUUGGAGACACUCACCCUGUGUGGCAGAUCCGUCCAGCACGGAGCUGAAGUGGAGGAUAUGGGUCUGAACGAUCGCUUCGCCAUGUUCAUCGAUAAAGUGCGUCACCUGGAGCAGCAGAAUAAAGUGCUGGAGACGGAGCUGGUGACCCUGCGGCAGAAGCAAGGCGAGCCGUCCCGCAUCGCUCACCUCUACCAGCAGGAGAUGAGGGACCUGCGGUCGCAGCUGGACGACCUGAGCAGGGAAAGGAACCAUAUUCUGAUCGAGAGGAACAACAUAGAGGACGAGCUCCAGAAACUCAACGUGAAGUUUGAUGAGGAGGUGAGCGCACGGGAGGAAGCAGAGCAGACCUUGAAGUCUUUCAGGAAGGACGUGGAUGACGCUGCAGUCAUUCGCUUGGACCUGGAACGCCGGGUGGAGUCGCUGACGGAUGAAAUCUCCUUCCUGAAGAAGGUGCACGACGAGGAGAUCCAGGAGCUGAGCAGCUUGAUGGAGUCGCAGCAGGUCUCCGUGGAGCUGGAGCUCGCCAAACCGGACCUCACCUCGGCUCUGAAGGAGAUCCGCAACCAGUACGAGUCCAUCGCCUCCAGGAACCUGCACUCGGCCGAGGAGUGGUACAAGAGCAAGUUUGCCAGCCUCAACGAGCAGGCGACCAGGAGCAACGAGGCCAUGAGGGCGAGCAGGGAGGAGAUCAACGAGUUCAGGAGGCAGCUGCAGUCCAAGACCAUCGAGAUCGAGACGCUGAGGGGCACCAACGAGUCUCUGGAGAGGCAGAUAGCAGAGAUGGAGGAUGGACACAACGCUGAAGUCUCAGCCAUGCAGGACACUAUUGGUCAUCUGGACACUGAGCUGAGGAACCUGAAGGGUGAGAUGGCCCAGCACCUGAGGGAGUACCAGGACCUUCUCAAUGUCAAGAUGGCCCUGGACAUAGAGAUCGCUGCCUACAGGAAACUGCUGGAGGGGGAGGAGACUCACUUUAACUCAGGGGUGUCUUUCGGUGCUGCCAGCUUCAACUAUCAGCCUCGAGCCUCCGCCGGCUCCUCCAAGAGCAGCCAGAGGGAGAAAGAAGGAGGCAGGAAGGAAGGUUUCAAGGAGAUCAGUGAGGACAAAGAUGAAGCAGACAUCAACUCCAACAACUGA